UGCAGCGAAGACAUGUUGUGUCUCGGAAUAUUAUUUGUGUUCUUUUUAAGAACCGUAAUUAGCCAUAAUUGCAAGGAACUCUGUACUCUACAAUCCAUCUGUGAUAAUCUUACAGUCUUGAAAUUGGAAGUUGCAGCUAUACGUGAGGAGCAAAAGCGUCAGGCAGAAAUUUUGGAACGCUUAGACAAGAAAUUCGACUCAUGUAUGCCCCCCACUUCUUUGUACCCAGCCAGCUGCGCAGAAUCAUCGGAGAGUAAUCUUGUCAUCCGUGUGCCUAAGUACAGUGAAGAACCCUUUGAGGUGACCUGCGAUCAGGAAAGUCACGGAGGGGGAUGGACGAUGAUCACGCGGAGAAACGAUGGAAGUCAGAACUUUUUUCUUGAGUGGAUGGACUACAAAAAAGGAUUUGGCAAACUGAACAAUGAGUUCUUUAUCGGCCUGGAUAAGCUGCAUGCGAUGACUGCCUCGGAACCGCAGGAACUUCUAGUUCUUCUGGAGGACUACGAAGAAGAAAAGCGAUACCAGUUGUACGAUAACUUCAGUAUCGGUUCCGAGGACAACGACUACAUCCUGGAAUCGACCGGAAAUUCGAUUGGCGAUGCCGGGGAUUCACUUGAAUAUCACCUGGGCAUGAAAUUCAGCACCAAAGAUCGGCAGAACGACUUCUGGGAUACACCGAGCUGUGCAGAAAAUUUUAUGGCCGGUUGGUGGUACCGCAGUUGUCAUACGAGCCACAUUUUUGGGCGUUAUGGCAAAGACAAAUCCGGACUAGGCAUAAUUUGGAACACAUUCAAUAAGAAUAAUUCCACCGCCGCUUACAUGAUGAAACGAGCACAAAUGUUGAUAAGGCCAAAAAGGUUUUCUAAAUUAUUGGGUUAGUUGAAUUUUAAACCUUCAUAAAUUAAAAUGAUUCAUACUGUUCUGCGAAUCCGAAGAGCUCCAUAUCUUUGUUGAUUAGACCUUUAAAAACCUUGAUAUUGCUUCCAAGAAUAUGAUUAUCAGAUAAUAAACAUUUUU